AGCUGGUUUUGUCAAAAGAGUUGAUUACUGCGAAUGGGUGGCUAGCCCAGUGUUGGUUAAAAAGGCAAAUGGUAAAUGGCGAAUGUGCAUCGACUACACAAAUCUCAACCAAGCUUGCCCCAAGGACUGCUAUCCGAUGCCAAGCAUUGACAAAUUGGUUGAAGCGGCUUCUAGAAAUGAUAGAUUAAGUCUCUUGGAUGCAUAUUUUGGUUAUCACCAGAUGCCGAUGGCUCUGGAAGAUGAAGAGAAAACCUCGUUCUAUGCUGGUGACGAAAUUUAUUGGUAUGUCAUGAUGUCAUUUGGCUUAAAGAACGCAAGUGCUACUUACCAGAAAAUGGUGAUCAUCAUCUUCCGAGCUAAGAUCGGCAGGAAUCUAGAAGUUUAUGUUGAUGACAUUGUGAAAGAACAGAAUGCGGUUAAACCCAACCAAAUGUAUCUUCGGUGUGGAGUUUGGGAAAUUUCUGGUAUCUUUGGUGUGGAGUUUGGGAAAUUUCUGGGCUUCAUGGUUUCCCAAAGAGGGAUUGAGAUCAACCCAGAAAAGAUCAAAGUAAUUGCCAAGAUGGAACUGCCAAAGUCAGUGAAAGAUAUACAGAGAUUAACUAGAAGGGUGGUAGCUCUUCGUAGAUUCAUAUCGAAGUCGGCAGAUAAGUGCCUGCCAUUCUUCAAGAUCAUGAGGUCAGCAGCCCAGAAGGACGAAUCUAGCAAACAGAAGUUUGAAUGGAACCAAGAAUGCCAAGCUGCAUUCGAUGAGCUGAAGUCUUAUCUUAGCUCACCACCCCUACUGACUAAGGCUAUGGAUGGAGAAAUUCUCUAUUUGUACCUCGGUAUUUCAGACGAAGCAAUUAGUUCAGUUUUGGUGAGAGAAGAAGGCAAACACCAACAACCAAUUUAUUAUAUCAACAGCGUGUUGCACAGAGCAGAACUGAGGUACCUUACUAUUGAGAAAACAGCACUAGGAGUUGUCACUUCAGCCACAAAAUUUAGACCGUAUUUCCAGUCACAUCCAAUCAUAAUCCUCACAGACCAACCUCUUCAACAGAUCCUUCAAAAGCCAAAGUGUUCCGAAAGCGACUGGACCUUAUAUGUUGAUGGAGCAUCUGGUAGCAAGGGUGCAGGAGCUGGUGUUUUCUUAAUUGGCCCAGAUAGACACCAAAGUGAGCAUGCUCUGAAAGUUAACUUCGAUGCAACAAACAACAUGGCUGAGUAUGGAGCUCUGCUACUUGGUUUGCAACUAGCAUUGGAGCUGAAAGUCAUGGCGAUAGAAGUAUACAGUGACUCGCAUCUUGUGGUUAAUCAAGUCAACUCAAUCUGCAAAGUUGUUGAUCCUGUGAUGAUGACAUAUGUAGCCCUGGUGGCCGACCUAAAGUGAAAAUUCUAGAAAUUUUGUCUAAAUAAAAUUCCCCGAACUGAGAAUGAACAGGCAUAUUCACU